AUGCAUAUUCGACAGGAAUCUUUUGUUUUCUUAAUAUCGCUGACCGCAUGUUUUGCUGUACAAUUUCUCACGAACCCAACGUCAGAAAUGUCAGCUGACGACAAAAGUAUGGAGAAAAGUAAUAAAACAGAGCAGUCCGACGAAAGCGGUCAUGAGAUAGAAAUAGAUGAAGAGUCGAAGGAUAGAAAGUUUUUAGAUUUUGCAAUGAAAACUGUGUUAGAUCCAGACACAGUUAUAAUUAAGCAUGACGAUGUAGAUACUUUUAAGGUGCAAUUAGAGGAGUUGGAUAAGGAAAACGCAACACUUGAAAUCUUCAUGGAAGAGAUGGAUAAGCUGAGUCUUGAUGUGUGUAAAACAUCUCAAGAAGCUUUGUGGGCAUAUGUUACAGAUACGAGUAAUGAUGUAAAGAAAAAUAAAAUGGUACAAAUAGCUGCCGAGGAGGAUGAAAUCAAACGUCGAUAUUGGAAUAUAAUAAAGAGAAAAUAUAAAAAUGAAAUCGAUAAUAAUAACGACUUAAGAUUGAAAAGAAAACUACGAAUAAUUAAAGAGAGGGGAACUAAUGUUCAAAUGCCACAGAGCAAACAACGAGAAGAAAUAGAUUUGAUGCAACGCAUUUGGAGUCGAGUAACAGUUUGCGCGUACAAGUCCUCGUGUGACACUGAAGAUUCAUCUCUUACUAUGAAUGACAUAAUAACUUUGUUUAAAACGAGCAACAAUUCAGAAGAACUAAAGUACUACUGGAAAGCAUACAGGGAUGCAACGGGAAAGAAAGUACGACCGAUAUUUAAAGAUUAUCUCGUACGAAUGAAUACGGCAGCUCAGGUAGAAGGUUUCAAAGAUGCGGGUGAUAUGUGGCGAUAUAAUUAUGAAGAUGAUGAUUUUCUUAAUACAGUUGAUAGAUUAUGGAAUGAAGUUAAGCCAUUGUAUACUUUAUUACACCGUUAUGUACGGGCUAAGUUGAAAGAUUUGUACAAACGUGAGCUUCAGAAGAACGAUGGGUUAAUACCAGGACAUAUUUUAGGAAAUCUAUGGGCCCAAGAAUGGCAGGCAAUAUACCCGUUAGUGGUUCCAUAUCCUGAUGUAAAACGGGACAAUUUCACCAAGUUCACAGCUAUGAGUUUAUUUGACACGGUAGAUGAAUUUUACCUAUCUCUGGGCUUUGAAAGCGCUAAAGAGUCCUACGAAAAUAUUAACGAAGCACCGACCACCGCUAAUUGUCUACCUUCUAGCCAUGACAUGUGCGAUGGUGUUAAUUACAGGAUUAAAUGGUGUGGUGAAAAGUUGACCGACCCAGUAGUCGGACUCUCACGCGCAGCAAGAUUGUUGGGGCAUGUCCAGUAUUUCCGGCAUUAUAGUAACUUACAGCCCUUGUUUAGAGAUGGUCCAAACCCUGCAUUUCACGACGCCAUAAGCGACAUUGUUGCGGUGCAGCUGGCGUCACCAUGGAUCUUAAACCCUCUAGGAAAGUGUGAAGAAUUAAUGAUCAAUCAUCUUCUAUGGCUGGCGUUGGAGAAGAUUCCGUUGAUGGGCUACGCUUAUGCCCUUGAUAAAUGGAGAUGGGACGUUUUUGCUAAUAGUACUGAGAACUUGAAUGAACAUUGGUGGAACAUAAGGAUACGAGAGACAAUGAUUUCGCCACCGACUCUCCGCAAUGAAAGCGAUUUAGACCCGGCUUCGAAGUAUCAUGUGGUUUCGCACGUGCAAUACAUUACGUACCUAAUUUCACACAUAUUGGAAUUUCAAAUACUACGAUCUUUAUGUAAAGCAGUGAACCACACAGGACCUCUUCACGAAUGCUCCAUACACAGAAAUAAGGAAGCGGGAAAACUUCUAAGUAAGGGAAUGUCGCUUGGCGCAAGCGAAGACUGGAGGACUGUUCUAGAAGCAAUGACCGGUGAAACUGAACUGUCAACUGAAGGGAUCUUAGAAUAUUUCGCUCCCUUACAAUCAUUCUUGUCAAAUGAAACAUUAAAAUUCGAAAGGGUUAACGACGAUUUAGACAAGAGCGCACCUUUUAUAGUCGGUAUUAUUGUUAUUGUCUUAACGUGCUUAAUGUUUUUAUUGUAUUGUAUUAAAAAGCGUGAUAAACUAAGAAAAUUAUUAUCCAUAUGCGGUCUUAGUAAAAAUGGCUCUUUAGAUAUUGUAACUAAUGAAUUGUCCAAUAAUAAAUCAAAUGAAGUCCACGGUAUCAGUGAAGACAAAGUGUGA